GCAUUGGAAAUUAUUUGAGCACUGCGUGAAUCUAGACACACUUUCAAGCUAUUCGUGGGCAAGAGCUGUUUCAGACUACAUGAAUGAAUCCUUGACCGCAAAAGCAAAAGCAAAAGCAAAGAAGGGAGGAGAAGCCUCUAUAGGAGCUGUUUCGGGUUGCACUAUCCUAAUAUUGUUUCUACUGUGUGAGAGGACAAACAUCAUACAACCAAUCCUUGGCAAGGAGAAAGAAACUCCUGCCAUUCUUAAAUGGAGUCUUGUGGAACUCCACACAAGAUUCAACCAAAUAAAGGACUUGAAUGACAUCGAGGGUAUUUUCAAAACUCCUAAAAAGCGAAAAACUACCAGGGAAGAGGAAGACACUGUUGAGAAGGUAAUUGAAAUCUGUAUACAGUGCAUUGCAGUUUGUGUUUUCUACAUUGCAGUUUGCAUUUUAUCCAAUGCAGUUUCUGAAUCAUUCAAUCUCAUUGUACAGGGUAUUUUGAAAACAUAUAAAAAGAGAAAAACUACCGGAGAAGAGGGAGACCCUCUUGACAAGGUAUAAGAAUCUCUAAACAGUGAAUUAUGCAUUUCAGUUUUCGUUUCCUCCAAUGCAAUGCAGUUUCUAAUUAGUUUCUGUUCAAUAUGCAGGAAAAAGAAAAAGAAGAUGAUGAGGGAAAACCUGAUGAUGCAAUUCAAGACCUCUUGGUGAAGUCCAUGACAGACCAAAUCAACUACCGCCAACAACAAGAUCCUAGCUUCG